AUGCUUAUUUGGCUGCUUUUAAGCUUUAUUCCCUUAUCCUUCCAAUUUGAGUGUGGUGUCGGCCCAGAUUGGAAACCAGACAUAAAACAGUAUCCACACCAAGGCCGCCGUUUAGAAACUGGCUUAGACCGUGGCACCACAUUUGAGCCUAUUCGCAUUCAUUUUGACUACAGCAACCUCACCUUAACUUCUACAGAAUUAGAUACUCUUAGAGACGAAAUAAUUCCAUCAAUCCAGCACUGGUUCCAAACCGUUUUAAAAGUAAACCCACUUCUUGGCAGUUUACAAGUCCCUCAAGAGGAUUGCAAUGAAAUACCGAUUCCGGAAUCCCACAAAACUGAAGGAAUUGCCAAUACAGAUUUUGCAGUUUAUUUAUCCAAUAUAAAUGAAACUGAAAGCAGUAUAAUUGCUUAUGCUGGGCCAUGCUUGCAAGACUCAGGAGGAAGAUAUAAUGUUUUGGCGGGGUCUUUUACUAUAAAUACAGCAAUAUUCAACACCUUGCCAAAACACCAAGCAAUUGCAGUUGCAAUUCAUGAAUUGACCCAUGCCUUAGUAUUUUCUCCUGAUCUUUAUACCAAAUUUGUGAAGGCAGACGGAAGCCAUUAUGAAGAAAAUGAACUUUAUCAAGAAGUUUUCUAUGAAAAUCGAGGAAAAUCUGCUAUUUUAAUAACUCUGCCAACUGUAGCUGAAAAGGCUAAAGAAAUUUAUGGUUGCAGUAGUAUCCCAGGGCUGGAGCUUGAAGACUAUGGAAGUGGUUCUGCAGGCGCGCACUGGGAAAUGAAAAUUGUUGCCGAAGACUAUAUGGUUUCUGUGCUGCCUGAUUUCCCUGCUUACUCAAACUUGACUUUAGCUCUAUUCCAAGACUCUGGCUGGUAUAAGGUCGAUUUCAGCUAUGCCCAGUCUAUUAUUAUAGGAAAUAACGAAGGCUGUGAAAGAUUUGAAGACAAAUGCAUAGCUAAUGGCAAAGCCCAGCCUGGGUUUUGCACUGAGUCUAAAGAGAUGUGUGACUAUACUAGAACUAAUAUAGGAAUUUGCGGAAUAUACAAUUAUAGUAGCGAAUUACCGACACAAUACCAAUAUUUUGAUGACCCUUAUAAGGCUGGAAUGCCAUAUCCUGAUGGUUGUCCUAUAAUUAUUUCAGAUGUUAAAAAUUGUAGAGAUCCAGAUGCUAGCGCCGAUAUAGCCCAAUCCCUGCUUUGAAUCGGAUUUGUCUGAAGUCUGACAAACCAAAGUUUAUGCAAAAUCAACUCCCCAGAUUACAAAUACUCUUGCUCUUGUUAAUUUUCAUCUGGGGAGUUGACUUUGCGAGCAAAAUUUGGUUUGCAAACUCCUUUCUGACGCCUCCCAACAUCUAUUAGGCCUGAUCCAAAGCAGGGGUUGGGCUAUAGUUCUUUUGGGGAAAUUGUUGGGGAACAAAGUAGGUGCUUUGAAGCGUCUUUAGUUUUGGACACUCUAAAUAAAGAAUCUGAGAUUUGGCCAACGUGCUAUAAAGUAGUCAGCUGUGAGGAAGAUAAAGUUGUGGUGGGCGUUGGGGAUCAAACUGUAGAUUGUCCAUUUAGUGGAGGGGAUGUGACAGUCCCUGGGUAUGAUGGAGUUCUCACAUGCCCGGAUUCGAGUAUUUGUAAAGGUAUUGUUCCUUGUAUAAAUAGCUGUUAUGGACAAGGAAAAUGCCCUAACUCCCUGUGAGAAAAAAAAGUAAUUUUUGGCUAUAAUUAUUAUUUUAAUAAAAAUUCUAUAUCUAAGUAAUGCCUCUUCUAUUUAAGGUAAAUUUUAUAAAUAAAUUCCUUUUCAGAUUAGACAAGUCCAUAAAUAAAAUACCUCCAUUAUAGUACACCAAAAAAAUACUAGCCUCACAGAGGAGUAAAGGAACUUGUAUAUGUGAUCCUGGAUUCGGAGGAAAAGACUGUAGCAUAAUUUGUGGAUCAACAUGCAAAUCAUGUGAUGAUAAAUCUUCAUGCGCUUCUUGCUACUCUACUGCUACACUUGCAGAUGGAAUUUGUUCAUGUCCUGAUGGUUCAACUUGGGAUGAUAUUCAAAAAGUUUGUAUGCCAGGCUCGAUAACUGGAUGCCCUAACCCUCUCUUAUAAAUAAUGUUUUAUUAAUAAUUUCGCUAAAAAUAUAUAAAUUUUAUCCUCUAUUUCCCAAAGUAUUUUGAAAUAAAUAAAAUUUUAUAUAAUUAAUCCAGCAUUUUUUUGAUCAGGAGGUUAAAGAAUGCAAUGGUUGUGCUGAUGAUUUAAAUUGUGCAGCCUGCUAUGAUUCCAUGACUUUAAAUGAUAAAAAUUUAUGUGAAUGCCCAAGUGGGAAAGCAUUUAGCACAGACUCCAACAGUUGCAAAACAAUCGAAGGAUGUCCAGACUCCUGCAAUGGAUGUGACACACCUCAAACCUGCUUAUCUUGCUAUGAUACAGCCACUUUACAAAAUGGUGAGUGCUUCUGUCCAGAAGGGCAUUACUUUAUCUCAGACACCAAUGUUUGCCAAGCUUAUUUAACUGAAGGCUGCAGCGCAGGUUGCGAGUACUGCAAAUCUUCCAGUGAGUGUGUAAGAUGCAGUGAUGAAAAUGCUGUACUUUAUAACGGAGAAUGCAAAUGCAAAAUUGGGUAUUUUCCUGAUGAAGCAUUAGGGUCAGCUCAAUGUAACAGUAAUUUCUAAAUAGAAUGCAAUGAUGGCUGCUAUAGCUGUGAGUCAUUGACUACUUGCAAAUAUUGUGAUGAUGUUCUUGGAGUUAUCCAGGAUGAUGGCACAUGCAUAUGCAAAGAUGGCUAUUGAAAUGAUAGCGAUAACACGACUUUAAGCUGUUAUGGUAACAUCUAUUUAGAAUGCAGGACUGGCUGCAAAAUUUGUGAUGGCUAUUUUGAAUGUAAUGAAUGUAUGGAUUCAAUGAUGACUCUAAAUGAUGGCGUCUGCGAAUGCCCUAAUGGAAUGUUUAUAAAUGACACAGAUAGUACCAAUAUUAAAUGUUCACGUAAUAUAUACUUAAUUAUAAAAUUGGGAUAUUAAGGCUACAUUAUUUUUGAUAUUAUAUAAUUAGAAUUAUAAGUAUAUAAUUUAGCUUGCAAUGAAAGAUGCGAAAGUUGCUAUGAUGAGUAUUAUUGCAAAGAUUGUAAAGAAGGCUACGUUUUGCAAAACGGCCAAUGUAUUUGCGGAGUUGGAUAUUAUGAUUAUUAUGACGGAAAUACAGCAAUUUGCAAAUGUAAAAAAUAUUUAGCUUGUACUGAUCCUUGCGAUGAAACCUGUGGGGCAAAUGCACCAUGUACUAAAUGUGCAAGUACAUCAGUUAUUACUGAUGAUAAGUGUGAAGAUAUAAGCAUUGGGUUCAAGUCAAGCUUCAAGAAUGGGGUUAUCACUCUUUUGUUCUCAAAUCUUAACUAUUAUUUGACUAAUUAUCUCCUUUUAAGAUCAUGAAUAUAUUUUUCAUUGAAAAAUAAAUUUUUUAUUACAACUCUAGGAUGCGAUAAUUUAAAUUUUAAUAAAUACAAAAUUUCAUUAUCAGAAAGUUAAGCAGAACUUCAUCGUGAAAUCCAACAAUGGCACUUUAUAUGACACUGAAUACUGGUGGGUUGAGCGUUAUAGCGAUAAUAUUUACAAAAUUCAUACAGAUUUAACAAGCAGUGAUUUACCAUUAACAGUGACCCUUGAUUUUAACAGGUAUUAA